CUUACACAACGGCCGCGGCGUGCCCGCGCAACCAGACGCUACCCACCCUACAGCGAAGCGAGGAUCGCCGCAGCAUGCGGGCCCUGUUCGGACUCCCAGCGCUCUGCCUGCUGGCCGUCGCUAGCGCAGACUUGUCCCCGGAAGCGGCAGGGACGCCUGGCGUCGCGCCGCCGUCUGUGGCGCUCGCGGCUGUGCCUGAAGGUAGCCAGGCACCUGCCGGCGGCUACGUGGGACACGGACCCCUACUCAGCGCGCUGGUCGGCGCCGACCCCUUGCAAGGAACAGAAUCAAAUGCAGACGCAGGAAUUUCGCGACCGAAACGCACGUUCUGCAAGAAGUGUGGUGGCUACGGAGGCUACAAAGGCGGCUAUGGUGGCGGCUACGGCGGUGGUUAUGGGGGCGGUGGCGUGGUGAUCCCAGUGGUCGUCUCGGUGCAGAAGCGGCCAUCCUAUGGGUACGGGUACCACCCCGGCGGCGGCGGUGGCGGCUACUGCAACGUGUGUGGGGGCGGCGGGGGCGGCGGCUACUACCCCUCCGGCGGCUCCUUCAGUCAGUCUUCCAGCUCCAGCCAGUCUUCCAGCUACGCGUGGGGUCGAAGAAAAUGAGGCGCCGACAACACUCAGGAGCAGCUCGCCACGACCCUACGAGUAACCUUCUGCCAACGUUCUGCUCUCCGCUGAAGUGUUUCAUCGUGUUAUAUCUGGCUGACACUUUGUACGUGUGUCGUGGUUCUAGUGUGUUUAACAUAUUACGAACACUCAUUAUUCAUCGUGUCUCCUUCUACAAACUGAAAAUCGAACUAGGUUCUGUAAAACAAUAAAAAUUUCGCCAUAAAAAAUACCUCUGUGAGCGUGUUCAGUGGGAUGUAUGACAUAAGUGAACAUAUUGCAACUGCGUUCUAGCCAAGUGUUAAAAGUACACUUAUAAAAGGACAGACACAAGCACAUACUGUUAAAGAGUAACUAAUGACGAACCAUUAUUAAUGUUCACAUGAGCCAUACGUAUUUGGUAGUUGAUGAUAAAUUAGACAUUGUCGUGUUGGAACUGACUCACAUUUAAUAAAUUCUGAAAACUGAAAAGUCA